CACAGAAAAACAUUCGUCACUCUCAAAAUCAACAAAGUCUUCAGUCUUACCACCUACCUAUUUUUCCUUCUUUUCAAGACGCAAAAAUGAACUUCAAGGUCGCUCUUACCCUACUCUUCACCUCUGUAGCCCUGGCGGUUCCAGGCAAUAUUCAUCACGUCGGCAACGUCCUUGCUCGUGAUCCUCAAAUGGAUACCAGAAGUCCUCCUGCACCGAGCUGCUGUUCGUUAAUUCCUGGUCUUUGCCAAGUUAGCUGCUGCCCUGGAGUAUGUAAAGCUCUUAUUUCAAGCUUUAGGUUACUUACUAAUGUAUUUUGAUUUAGGGCUGUCCCUAAAUUGGCUGCUAGCCUGCCUACUCUA